UUAGAACGACAUCGUAUUAAAAUCCCUCCAAGAAACCCCAAAUCAAAAUGCUAAAUCCCUAUAAACCCCAACUAUUUCUUCUUCACUAAAAAUUCUCAAAGUUUAUACAUUUAUUCGCCAUGGAUGAAGACGAAAUUGAGAAAGCAGUAGUAGCCUAUUUGAAGAAAAAGGGAUUCAAACAAACGGAGCUCGCUUUUCAAGAAGAACAACAACUGAACAAUAACAACAACAACAACAACUCCGCUAAUUCCCAAAUUGACCCCGACAUUACCAAAAAAAUCCUUUCUUUUUCUGAAUUUGAAACUGGUCCCGAACGAUACCAAGAAGAAUACAGCAAGCUUCGGUCAUGGGCUUAUAGUUCACUGGAUUUAUAUAAGCAUGAGUUGCUUCGUGUGUUAUAUCCUGUAUUUAUUCAUUGUUUCAUGGAACUUGUCGCUAAGGGUCAUCUUCAAGAAGCACGAGCCUUUUUCAAUAGUUACCGUGAAGACCAUGAGAUGACGCAUUUGCGUGAUCUUCAGAAGUUAGAAGGCGUCCUCUCACCAUCCCAUCUAGAGGAAAUGGAAUUUGCUCAUUCUAUACGGAUGAGCAAAGUGAACAUAAAGAUGUGUCAGUACUCCUAUGACCUUUUGUUGCAAUACUUGCACAAGUCAGAGUCUAUUACAAUGCUUGGGAUCAUCAAUGAGCGGAUUAAUUUUCAAGUUUCUCCUGGACAGCCUGGCUCUAUAUCUGAUGACGCGGAAGUUGUAACUCUUGUUGCAAGUGGCCAUGAUGCUAGUCUCAUAAAUCAGAAAGAAGUUCAUUGGGGGCUGCUUGAAGAUUCUUUAGAAGAACGGAUAGAAAAGACAGGAGGUUCAGUUCCAGAUGCGGAAAAGUUUGACGGAGAUCCCAAGGAAGGAGAGGUGGAAGAAAACAAGAAGAAGUCAGUUGAAGGUGGAAAACAAGGUGCACCUCUUAAAAAGCUAAAGAAGGACAAAGUUGGGGUUGCAACAGGGAAAUCUUCUCGUACAGAGAGCAGCACCGUCACAACUGCACCACGUGUCAAACCAGAACUUGCUUUACCUGCUAUACCUGCAGAGGUAGAACUUUCUAUUCUGGAAGACUUAAGGAACCGUGUACAGUUGAGUAAUGCAUCAUUGCCCUCUGUUAGCUUCUAUACAUUUGUUAAUACACAUAAUGGACUAAACUGUGCAUCAAUAUCACAUGAUGGAUCAUUAGUGGCUGGUGGCUUCUCAGACUCAUCUCUGAAGGUUUGGGACAUGGCGAAGCUUGGGCAACAAACUGGUCCAUCUAUUUUGCAGGGGGAGACUGAUUCAUCUUCAAAUGAGCAUGGGCUUGGCUCAAAUGGAGGAAAAAGAUGUUAUACAUUAUUGCAGGGCCAUUCAGGGCCUGUUUAUUCUGCGUCCUUUAGUCCGUAUGGGGAUUUUCUUCUGUCUUCAUCAUCAGAUUCAACAAUUCGGUUAUGGAGCACUAGGUUAAAUGCUAAUCUUGUUUGCUACAAAGGCCACAAUUACCCAGUAUGGGAUGUUCAGUUUAGUCCAGCUGGACAUUAUUUUGCCAGUUCUUCACAUGACCGUACUGCAAGGAUCUGGUCUAUGGACAGGAUACAGCCUCUGAGAAUAAUGGCCGGACACUUAUCCGACGUAGAUUGUGUGCAAUGGCAUGCAAAUUGCAAUUACAUUGCAACUGGAUCAAGCGACAAAACUGUACGCUUGUGGGACGUUCAGAGUGGCGACUGCGUCAGGAUUUUCAUUGGUCAUAGGGGUAUGAUCCUUUCAUUGGCGAUGUCUUCUGAUGGUCGAUAUAUGGCAUCAGGAGAUGAAGAUGGAACAGUCAUGAUGUGGGAUCUCUCAAGUGGGCGUUGUAUUACUCCUUUAGUCGGUCACUCUUCCUGUGUGUGGUCACUUGCUUUUAGUGGUGAAGGUUCACUUCUUGCAUCUGGGUCUGCUGAUUGCACUGUAAAAUUAUGGGAUGUAACCACAAGCACAAAAGCACCACUAAAAGAAGAGAACAAAUCUGGAAGUAACAACAGACUUCGGUCGUUGAAGACCCUGCCUACCAAAGCUACUCCAGUCUAUGCUUUGCGCUUUUCUAGAAGAAAUCUUCUAUUUGCUGCUGGAGCUUUCUCGAAAAGUGCAUGAAUCCCUUGCUUGAAAGUUUCUUGGCGUGAGAUCACAUCAUGGUGAUUCGGAACAUGGAGGUCUUCUAUUUUCUAUGCCAGAUGAACGUUGGAUAUGUAAAUACUUAUUUAAUGUCCUUAAAAUGCUAUGGUGCUGUAGCCCUUGUAUCAUUGCUUAUUCCAGAAAUGGUGUCAGUGGUCAUAGUUACCGCAUCUGCUAAAGCUAUUUUUUGGGGUAGGAUGUCUCAAUCCGGUGUAUGCUUGGCCAUGGUUUACAGACAUUUUCCCAGUUUCAAGUUUGUAGAUUAUUUAUGAAUUUUUAUCUGAACUAGAAGGUGAUUAUCAAGCAUUUGAAGUUCGAAAGUA